GGAGCGCGUGGCGCAGCGCACUGAGCUGAACCGGAGACUGACGUGUUCCUUUGAAAUCUGGGCAGCGCGCGCGCAGGACAACAUGACACGCGAGGACCAGUGAUGGACGCCCGACAGCGCGAGGAAGUAGGUCACACGCGCGCGCGCACCGAGCACCGAGCAAACGGGGAUAAACACCGGAGAUCCCACGCGCCUUGAACACAAAGAAAACACCAAGUCCUGUUUUUCUCCUCGCGCUGUUACGCACAAGCCCGAAUUCACCCUGCUGUGUAUAUUCAGAGACAAAGCAUUUAAAGAUAUUUAGGCGAAGUUUUUUUUUUUUUUUUUUUUUUAUCUUUUAUCUUUUAUUUAUUCCAAAGCAUUAAACAGGUUUUUCUCCACCGGUUCAACGACGUUACAGGAGACGCGUGAGAACCUAAACGGUGACCCGGUGGCGCGUGGAUGCAGGAGCAUGGAGCAGAGAGAGAGGGCAGCAGUGCCCAGGUUGGCGUGCCCAUGGUGGCACGGAGCACUAACGUGGGCACGGCCCCGGUGGAGGACAUGCAGGCGCUGUCGAUCACCUCUCUGUCUGCCUCAGAGGUGGAGCAGCAGUACGAGCUGAUCGGCCCCUUAGGGAAGGGCACGUAUGGUCGAGUAGAUCUGGUCUCUCAUCGCACACAGGGCACCAAACUGGCUCUAAAGUAUGUCAGUAAGAACAAGACCAAGCUGCGGAGUUUUCUACGCGAAUACAGUUUGACCGCGGCGUUGGGCUGCAGUCCCUUCAUCAUCAAAGCCCUGGAUGUUCUGUUUGAGACCGAAGAGAGCUACGUAUUUGGCCAGGAGUUUGCACCUGCAGGAGACCUCUUUGACAUCAUACCUCCGCAGGCUGGUUUGCCUGAGGACAUGGUCAAGCGGUGUGUGCAGCAGCUCGGCUUGGCUCUGGACUUCAUGCACAGUAAAAGUCUGGUCCAUCGAGAUGUGAAGCCAGAAAACGUGCUCCUGUUUGACCGCGAGUGCCGGCAUGUGAAGCUGGCUGACUUCGGAAUGACACGGAGGGCAGGCAGCCGCGUCAAACGAGUCAGCGGCACCAUCCCCUAUACGGCAGCCGAAGUGUGCCAGGUCACAGGCUCGGAGGGCAUCGUAGUGGCCACGCCGCAGGACGUAUGGGCGUUCGGUGUGCUCCUCUUCUGCAUGCUGACUGGAAACUUCCCCUGGGAAGCAGCGCUGCCCAGUGACAACUUUUAUGCUGAGUUCCAGCGUUGGCAGCAUGGUGCAUGUCCUCCGGGCACCGUGCCCUCACAGUGGCGCCGCUUCUCUGACGACGCGCUGCGCAUGUUCAGCCGGCUCCUAGCGCCCGAGCCGGAGCGCCGUUGUGGUGUGAAAGAGGUUUUUUACUUUCUAAAAUAUGAUCUACUCAACCAUCAUCGCAGAAGAGCUUCCUGUAGAGCCUCUCGGCUAACACGAGGCGCCGCCCACAAACACGGAGAACACGCCUCCGUGCCGGGCACUUCCUGUCUUCGGCCCACGCCUCUCAAACGUAGCAUCCUGUCAGAGCCGCACUCAUCGAGGGAGGAUCUUUCUAAAAGCCCCUCCCCCAACCGGCAGGACAAGAGUAAAAUGGUAAUGGCCACGCCCAUCGAAAUCUGUGUAUGAAAGCACACACUCGCUUCGGUAUUCAUAAGAUAUAUUACAUAGGAAUUACAGCAGCCCUGUUUUUUAUUAACACAGCAAAUUACCAACUAUGCCAUUAUACUUGUUUUUUUUUAUCCAUUUAUAGUUACGUUAAAGUUGUCGCGCUUCCACAAUAUAGGUUUGUUUCAAUUGUCUCAAAUUCCCAAAGUUUACUCAGUGUAAAUUUACCAAGCGCUGAAACCGGAGACUCCUUCCAUAAAUUUUAAAUAAACAUCCCCUACAUAAACACCUCCAUCCACUGGAAUAAUUACUCAGUUAUUACGGUUCUCGUUAAGCGGAUCUUUGGAACGAAUUUAUCGAGGAAUCACUGAAGCACAAUCCGAAUUUAUGACCUUUUCAGCGUUCUGUGCUUCCUCUUUAUUACGGACAAACUUGCGCUAAGAGACAUGACUUUGAGAUCAGGCAGCUUUCUUAAAGUCUGUAGACCAGACUCUCUGAUUCCGACUACUUCUUCUUGUGGUUCUUCUUCCGUAAACCCUCGCUCGUCGAGCACGUUUGACCUUAGGUUCGGCCCUUCCCGUCUCAGUCAUGUGACUCAACAAACCAGCCUAUCAGGGGGCUGAUAACCUCAGAGAUUUCUGACUGAUAUGCAUUUCUACUAAGAGACUGCGAACAAUACGGCCGCUUCCCGUAUGUGGACGUUGUACGCAGGAUAUGACAUCACUAUCCUUCAUUAGAACACAUAUGUCGGGGGGGGGGAUCUAUAGAUGACAGGGAUUCUUUAUUAUCUGUGUAGGUGUGUGAAUAUGUGUGGUUGUGUUUAAUAGUUCUGUAUAAGCACAAGUUUUUUAUAGUUUGUUUAAGAAACUUUAAGGACUGUUCUUGAGAGAUUUAACUAGAACAAAUGUGUGUUAUGUGUUCAGGUAGUGGCCAUUAUGUAGUCAAAUUUGAUUGUAAGAAACCAUUUUACUAGCAAAAUAUCCUGCACAGAAACACAUUAGUAGCCUGAAAAUUAGUAACUGUUUGUAACGGAUGUCUGGAGGUCGAUAAAUUUAGUAUUUUUAAUAUUUGGGUCAAAAAAAAAAAAGAUAGGUUUCUUUCCAACUUUUGAAGUAAAAAUAAGAAAGUAGGACACGGUAGUCGGUGUAGCAGGGGGAUAACGUAUGCAAGUGAAUAGCAACGCUUGACUUCAGCAGGUGGAGGAUGAUGAAAAAAAGAAUGGAAGAAAGAAAAAACAGGGAUGGGGUGAUGGGGUUUGGUGUUUGAUGUUUGACGCUGCAAAAAAACCCAACAACAGUAUUAAAUUAUGUAGCAGGAGGUACGAGAUAUAUGUAUAUGACAUAUAUACGACAUAUAUAU